AUGGAACAACUCACUGCAGCUGGGUCACCCCGGCAGCUCGUUGUGGGACAACUCACUGCAGGAGAAUGCCAGAGAAAGAAAGGAAAGAUGCUUCAGGAAGAAACAGCUAGAGACUAUUUUGUGAAAGAAUUUCCUACCCAGAAAAAAAAGAUUGAAGAGUGCUUCCGUUGCCUCCAGGAAGUGACAAACCACAUUGACAGGAUCCACAAAGGCUGCGCCACUGCCAGCCUUGUUUCCAGUUCUACAAAGUACUUACUUACACUCUUCUCGCUAAGAAACUCGGUGCAGCCUCUUACAAUAUAUUCCAGCACUGAGCUGACCCCAAAUAAUGGAGUGAUAAGGGAGAAUGUCAGGAACCUUGUCUCUAAUAUUUCUGGUCAGAUUCCUGACAUGAAAAUGGCUACAAAGAGGAUUAAAAUAAAUGUAAAGGCAUUGAAGACUAUUGAAACACACUUGAAGACUUUAGCAAAGCAAGCAGCUAAUGCAGGAAGGAGGUCCUGGAAUAGGUUUAAGAACUCAAAAGAUAUUAAAAAAGCUUUCAGUGGACCUACCCUUGUUAUGACCAAAGGAGCUAGGAUGCUAAAUGCUGUGUCAGCUGGAAUGUUUCUCCUGAUUGAUGCCUAUGACCUUGUCCAAGAUGCUAAACAUUUGAUGAAGGGAGGCAAAGCAGAACUGGCUUCAGAGAUAAGAAAAAAGGCAAGCUUACUUGACGAGGAACUGCAGAAUCUCAUCAAACUCUACAAUGAACUGAAAGACUUGGAGUAA